AUGAGUUGCCUGGAAGACGUACCUUUCAGAAUGUCCUCGAGCUUCGUAGACGAUGCUGUGCGAGAGGCAAACUUUGUGCGUGCCCCUGAGGUUGACAUGCCCGACUGUGAAGAGAUACUCACGUCCACAAUGCAUGAUUUCUCGCUAGAGAAGAGGGUCCUGUGUUGGGUAGAGUCCGCCUCGUGGCAAGACACUCCCUGGAGCGACGGGACGACGGAUGUCAUCCCAACAGCUCCACCUUACUGGCUGUUCAUGGUGGACUCAGAAGAAAACAGCCACGAGGAGACCGGAGAGAACACAGCGGAGGAGACUCCCCCUGUGCAGAGAUGUGCGAGUCCAGCCGGAGACGACGAAGCUCAGCCGAUUGUAAGCGCGAAUGGAGACCAGCAGCCUGUGGAGGAUGAAGACCCCAAAGGCGAGGGGUCUUCCUCCGCCAUCCCCGCAGAAAGCAACCGGAAAGCUCCCCCCGUGUCUGAGGCCAAACAGGGUCCCGGCGCUUUGGCUCGUUUCUUCGGCCUUCCCCAACCAAAACCAAGGACUCCACCGGUCCCGUCGGCUGUCUCUUCGGAGGGCACCUGUCCGAAACCGGCCCUGGUCAAACAAAGCCAGUCUUUACUCUUGCUUAAAAAUGUGAAGAACGAGCUGGAACGCGCCAAGGGGAAACUGGCAGCUUUCCUGCGCCCUCUGAGCCAUUCUUUUACAGAAUCCAGCUUGGCUUCCAGAGCUUUUCCCCUCAGCAAUCGCAGCCGGAACAACAGGAACCUGAGACACAGAUCUGCCUCGGAUUCAUCCACAAUGGGGACUGUAAUGCCCGUGCCCCCGUCUACUAUACUACCCCGCGCCUCUUCCGGUUCCAUCCCUCCCAUUCAAAAGCACAAGCCCACAGUUGCCUGCUUGAGUCCUGACCCUUCUCUCCCACCCCCGCCGGGGGCCCAGCCGUCUCCCGGUUCCCACGGAACUCCCGUUUUAGCCUUGGGUUAUCCGAUCCGCAGGGCCAUCCUGGCGCUCCAGAAGACCGGGAAGCAAAGCCUGGGGCAGUUUCUCAGUUACCUCAGUGCCUGCGACAAACUGCUGAAACAAGGCUACGACGAAGCACAAGUGGAGGAGGCCAUGGAAAUGUUCCAGAACUCUGAGAAGGCCGCAGAGUUCCUUCAUCUCCUGGCCCGGUUCAACGACAUGGGCUUCCAGCAAGCGGACAUCAAAGAGGUCCUCCUCCUGUGUGAGAACCAGGGCGAUAACGCGCUGGAGGAGCUCAUGACCCGCGCCCAGUGAACUUCCUGCUGGCCUCCAGGUGAUCCCGGGAAGGAGCAGAAGAACGCGUCGCGGACUGCUGCGUGUCGGGCUUAAUGGGAAAUGUGUUGAACCUAAGACAGUAAGAGCUGCCCCACUGGACCAGGCAAUGACCGCCUGGUCUAGCACUCCACUUCCCGCUGUCAAGAGCCAGUUGUUCCUGGGACGGGCCUGAGCUAGAAGGUGACCACCCAUCAUCGGACUCCCCCGCCUCCCCGCCGCGGCAUCUGACACUCUGAAAUUCUGGUUGCCUGCUCCGGGUUGGGAAAUCCCUGGAGAUUUGGGGGGUGGAGCCUGAGA